AUGGCGUCUUUCAAGAAAUUGGAUCAUCGACAGAGCAAUUUGACACAUCAAGCGAGAAACAAAAUGGUGGCUGCUAAGCCAAAAUUCAGCAUAGGACCGAAUGGAGUCGGCAAAGAAAACUUAACACGCACAAGUGGUGCGAAAACUCAGUUCUUACUUCUUCUACUGAUUUCAAGUUCGUCUGGUGUUGGUGUUACAAGUUUUAAGGUUUAUUCAGAAAGUGAAACUACCAACGCUGAAGCUAAUAGCAGACGUUCUGUACCAGUUAACAAAGCAUCUACCCUGGAGAAUACAAUUGCUAUAAAGGCUGGUUUGAAAAGUAUGGACAAGAGAAAAGGCAUACUUGGUAGUUCUACAGCAAAUGCAAAUCUCGGGAGAAGAGCAUUGGCCGAUGUCAGCAAUAUAAAAAGCAAUUCUUCUAUGAUAGCAGGGGGUGAUGCCUCUAAGAAAAUGAAUGGUAAAAGUGAGAGAAAGAAAUCUUUGCAACGGGUUUCCGUGGGUGCGGGCAUUAAGACUGUGAGUGUAUCAUCAAGGAGAUCCUUCCUGGGAAAAGGGCAGGAAAGCCCUGGCCUAGGCGUAUCUAGGUUGCAGACUUCAAAGAGAGCUAUUAAAGACUUGAAGGCCCCUUCAGACAACCAAAGGACCAAGGCUAUGGGUCUGGGCCGUGAAUCUAUUGCUGCAGAUGGCAGGAAGUCUUUGCCGGUGUUAAAGGUCAACCCAGAAGAAACGAGUAUUCCAAAGGAAAAUGCUGGAAGUUCUGAAAAUGCCAAAGAAAAGAGUGGGUAUUAUGUUAGGGCUAAAGUUGGCAAGACGGUAGUACCCAGAAUAAGCAAUAAUGCUAGGAGCCAUCUGUUGCGGAAUCGAGUGAGUGAUGGCUUUAUGAAUAUCACACAUAGAUUAAGAAUGGAUUCUUUGGCAUGUGAUGGUAUCUCACUUGUUAUGCCUGGUGAGUUCCCUCUUGGGUUUCUCCAACCUUUCAGCAAAAAAGGAGCUGAAAAUGUUAUAUGGAGAGCUGGGGGUUUUCAUUUUGCCCUUCAAAGGGAGCAAGGGGGUCAAGCUAAUUCAAAUACUAGUGCGUUGCCGAGAAUUUCUGUGAGACCAAUUCUGAAGUCCACACUGAACACUUCUGAAUCCCAAAGGACUUUGAAAUUGAAGUGUGCAUCAGGUCCAAAAAAAUUGGUUUCUGCUAAUGCAACUUCAUCCAAAACUGAAAAAGUAGUUACAUCUUUUCUUCCUGAGAAUGUAAAGCAUGAUUCCACUCAAGGAGAGCUUCCAUCUGAUGGCAAGUGCAGCCAUAGUGCUUCAAGUAUCAUCUCCAGGAGAAACUCAAAUAGGAGGCGAUCUUACACAUCUCUGUUGAUGACUGGAUCCAAGUUACUAGAGGAACGUGAUGAAGCUAUGAAACAAGAAGAACUGCCAAGUAUUGAUGAUGAUUGCAAUCAACUGGAAGUUUCUGAUUAUGUUGAUGAGAUCUAUCAGUAUUACUGGGUUUCUGAGGCACAGAAUCCACCUCUGGAAAAUUUCAUGUUGAUUCAGGCAGAUAUUACUCCUCAUAUGCGAGGCAUAUUGGUCAAUUGGUUAAUUGAAGUACACUUCAAAUUUGAAUUGAUGCAAGAAACACUUUAUCUCAUGGUCACAUUGUUGGACCAGUAUCUUUCUCAAGUCACAAUCAAGAAGGAUGAAAUGCAGUUAGUUGGUCUCACUGCACUCUUGCUGGCAUCAAAAUACGAGGAUUUUUGGCAUCCUAGGGUCAAAGAACUAAUUAGCAUCUCAGCUGAGUCAUACACAAGAGACCAGGUCCUCGGAAUGGUUUCUAUUCUUCCAGUCCAAACAAUAAACUCUGGCUUUGCUUUUCAGGAGAAACUCAUGCUUAAAAAGUUGAAGUUUCGUCUUAAUGCACCUACUCCAUAUGUUUUCAUGUUAAGGUUUCUCAAGGCUGCUCAGUCAGAACCAAAGCUUGAACACCUAGCAUUCUACCUUAUCGAGUUGUGUUUAGUUGAAUAUGAAGCUUCAAGGUUCAAGCCCUCAUUGCUGUGUGCAGCAGCCCUUUAUGUCGCAAGGUGCACCCUGCAGAUAACUCCGGCUUGGACCCCACUGCUCUGCAAACAUGCUCGCUAUGACGUGACCCAAAUCAGGCACUGCUUCUUUAGAAAAUAA